UUGUUACCUUUUUAUGAUCAGAGGUAGGAGACUUGAAGGGAUAAAACUUGUGGUGAGUUCACCACACUACCUUAUUUGCUAGGUGUAAAAAUGAGACAGAAAUAACACGAGGCUUUAGAUGAAAAAGCAGUUCAAAAAUGUGCCAAUCAGAGAUAUUUUCAUAACAUAAAUUCAAAAGAUUAGUAAUUGAGAAAACAGCCAUUCAUGUGUUAAUACUGGUUGAGAAAAGUCUGAAGUUUCAUUAGAAGAUCCCUGAGGAAAUAGUCACAGACAUAAAGCUAACAUUCUUUAUCGGAUGAAAUUGAUGAUGAGAGUGCCUGGACCAUCCCCAAGAGGAAUAUAACCAGAGGAUCAUUUUAGAAUUCUAGAGAUAUUCACAGAAUCUCCAAUUCUUCUUUAUCUCACUCUUGGUGAUACAAAGAUAUUGCAUUUGAACUGUCCUUGUCCAUUUCCGCAUACGUUUGAUCAGUCCAGUUACCACCAUGAAUGAGGAACCAAUGAAUUCAAGCAGCUUCUAUGAUGACUUUACUGAAGUGACUAGCAGUACAGACUACUUUAUUGGUGAUGCAGUCCUAUGUGUUAUGGAGGAAGUCAGAAAAUUCACAACAUUAUUUGUACCAGUUGCAUAUUCCCUCAUCUGUGUCUUUGGGCUCCUGGGAAACAUUUUAGUGGUGAUCACCUUUGCUUUCUACAAGAAAGCCAAAUCCAUGACUGACGUCUAUCUCCUUAACAUGGCCAUAGCAGACAUAUUGUUCAUCCUUACUCUCCCAUUCUGGGCUGUAAAUCAUGCUACAGGCUCAUGGAAGUUUAGCAACAUUAUGUGCAAACUGACUACAGGUAUAUAUGCCAUCAACUUUAAUUGUGGAAUGCUUCUUUUGACCUGUAUCAGCCUGGACAGGUACAUUGCAAUUGUGCAGGCAACCAAGUCUUUCAGGCUUCGAACCUGGACAUUAGCAUAUAGUAAGAUGAUCUGUUUGAUGGUAUGGUUAUUUUCAAUCAUAAUCUCUAUUUCAACGUUUGUAUUCAACCAAAAAUAUACAAUACAGGGGAGAGAUGUGUGUGAAGCCAAAUACCACACGACCUCUGAGGCAGUCAAAUGGAAAAUACUCAUUUUGGUUCUCCAGCUUCUCUUUGGUUUCUUUAUCCCUUUGUUGUUCAUGAUAUUUUGCUACAUGUUCAUUGUCAAAACUUUAGUGCAGGCCCAUAAUUCUAAGAGGCAUAAAGCCAUUCGGGUGAUUAUUGUGGUCGUCCUUGUCUUUUUGGUCUGCCAAGUGCCCCAUAAUAUGGUUCUUCUUGUGGUUGCAUCCAAUAUAGGUCGGCUUCGAUCCUGUAGUGAUGAGAAGCUUAUAUCCUAUACAAGGAGUGUCACUGAAGUUCUGGCUUUCCUGCACUGCUGCCUCAACCCUGUGCUUUAUGCAUUCAUUGGACAAAAAUUUAGGAAUUACUUCCUGAAGAUCAUGAAGGACCUGUGGUGUAUGGGCAAGAAGCAUAAAUUGACGGGCUUCUCUUGCUCUAAGAUGCAUUCAGAAACCUACAUUUCUAGACAGACUAGUGAAACUUAUGAGAAUGAGAAUGCUUCAUCUUUUACCAUGUAGUAUGCUACAGAUGAAAUAAUCAUGACAAGCUUUAAAAAAUGAUGUCAAUGAAUUUCCUUAUCAUCCAUACGAUAGGCAGUUCUUGAUUGUCUACAAAUAGUGAUGAAGAGUAAUAUAGAUCACUGAAAACCACAGGAAAAAAAAUCAAAAGACUCAAGCCUAUUUUAGUCAAUAGGUUAAAACCUCUUUUUUAAACAAAUCUCUUUCUAGUCUACCAACAUUUACUUGCUUAACCUUCCAUUUCUUUUAUUCCUCCACAUACUCUCAAGCAUUAACAUGAAGAUAAACAUUUAAAAUACAAGUAGAAGGAAGACGCAAGCAAGCAGAUCGGGUUUUACAAGCUAGGAAAAAAAAAAUGGUUCCUGUUAAGAAGUGGUUAUGCUAGGACAACUGCAUGGAUCAGUGGACAGAGUCAGACCUAAAGACAGGAGGUCCUAGGUUCAAAUCUGGAUUCUGAUACUUCCUAGCUGUGUGACCCUGGGCAAGUCACUUAACCUCAAUUGCCUAGUCCAUACCACUCUUUUGCCUUGGAGCUAAUACUUAAUAUCAUUUCUAAGACAGAAGGUAAGGGUUUAAAAAAAAAGUGGUUCUAUUAAAAGCAAUCAAAUGAAUAUUAGGUUGAGAGCUAGGAGGAAUUUUAAGAGUUAUCUAGCCCAACCCAGUUAUAUAAAGAUAUGGAAACUGAGAUCCAGAGAGAUUAAGAUACUUGCCCAAGAUCACACAGGUAAUACAGGUUAGAACUGGGAUUUGACCCAGCCCUCUUUCCAAAGUAGUUCAUGAGCCUCUGUGGAAAAGACAGUUAACAUUAUAGUGGAUUGAAAAAACUAAAACUAAAACAACAUAACCUGGCAUUGAAAGAAUGCUAAUUUCCCUGGUUAGUACCUGUUUCAUAAAUAAUGUGGAAAUUGGCUAAAAUUACUCAUUUUAAAAACCUUAUGUGCUAAUAAGUUUUUAAAAAAAUAACUUGGUUUUAUAAUUAAUGAGCUUUUCUGAGGCAGAGUAGAAAUACCCCCCCCCCCAUAUCAUAUAGUAGGAAGAUUGGAGAAUUCUGAUUAUUAACUCCCAAAUUAGUCAUUAUAUACAUAGUAUUCAACUUCCUAUUGAUUCUUUAAAUGAUCUUACUCUGAAAAGGAAGUUUGUUCUGAUUUCUUUUCUAUUUUUUAUUCAAAGAUAUUAUCUUUUCCUAGUGAUGUGUGAUAAUAACUUUCAACAUAUGUUUUAUGAAAUUAUAAAAUCCUAUUGUCUCCUUUCCUUUCUUCCCUCCCCACUUUUAGAGAGAGUAAGCAAUUUGAUCUGGAUUAUACAUCUAUUUUCAUGCAAAACAUUCUUCCAUAUUGAUUAUUGUAAGAGAAUAGUCCUAUAGCUAAAAACCCCAAAUAAAACCAUAAGUAAACUAAUGUGAAAGAUAGUAUGUUUUGAUCCGCAUUCCGACUUCAACAGCCCUUUCUCUGGAGGAUAGCAUUCUUUGCCAGAAGUCCUUGAGGAUUGUUCUGGAUCACUGUAUUGCUGAGAGUAGCUAAAUAUUACACAGUUGAUCAUCAUACAAUAUUGUGGUCACUAUGUACAGUGUUCUCUGAGUUCUGCUUAUUUCACUCUAUAUCCAAUUUAUUUUCAAUUACUCUUUCCACUAUGUCUGCGAAGUUCCAUAAUCCAAAGUUUUUCUCAAAGCAGUAUGUUAAUAUAGAAUAAUCAUUAGGAAAUCAACACCAAUAUUCUUUGAGAAAAAUGUUGGAAUGUGUAUUAAUGAGAAAUAUUUCACGUAAUACUGGAUUACUUUUAUAAUACUUUUUAAAGAUGAUGCCUAAAGAUUCAAGAAAUGUAUUUUAGAUGAGUUUUUAAAAUAAAAUCUUAUUACACAUUUUUAAAAGGCUGUUUUUACUAGACUAAUGUCUGUUGCUGAAUGAGUACACUGAUGGCUGCAUUGACAUAUGAGAGUUUGGGAAGUUUUCACUGCCUUCAAUCAAUGGGUAUAUGGAAAGUUGUCAACAGAUAACUUUAGUCAAAGAGAAACAAUAGCUUAUUCAGAUAGUUCCUGAUAUAUGACUAAGAGUAUGAAUAUGAUUUUUAAAAAGAAAUGUGUUAUUUGGAAACUAGGUCACAGAUGCCUCCUCUAUAGACAUGACUGAGGAAUAGUCAUCUAUAUCCAUUAAUUUUCCUGGUAAAUGAGAAGGCAGGGUUUUGUUUUUGUUUUUGUUUUUGUUUGGUGAGUUGGAGAUAUUUUAAUAAUUUUUGAUGGAAAUCA